AUGACCCCCAUCUCCGCCGUGGAAUCCGUCCCCGCCAAUCAACUCCUACGUCUCGUGGCCAAGGGCCUCACGGCGGAGCGCGGAGGAGGAGCCGCCGCUUCCGCAUUCGACUCCGCCGGGUUCGGUGGGUUGGUGCAGCAGCUCGGCUCCAGUGCCGUGGAUUUCAGUAUGCAGGAUGUCAAGGGCUCAUCCAAGAGCUUCCCCAAGCACGAGGUGAAGCAUGUCUCUGACCAUAAGAGCGCUGCCCGGUGCGCGAAAUUUAGUCCUGAUGGAAAGUAUUUUGCAACUGGGAGUGCUGAUACAUCCAUUAAGUUUUUUGAGGUUGCUAAAAUUAAGCAGACUAUGGUAGGGGACUCCAAAGAUGGUCCUGCCAGGCCUGUGAUUCGCACAUUUUAUGAUCACACACAGGCCAUCAAUGGUCUGGAUUUUCAUCCUGAGAGUCCAAUACUGAUAUCAGCUGCAAAAGACAAUACAAUAAAGUAUGCUUAUCCUUAA